AUGGCUCAGAGACCACCCACUCUCACAGACCUAAUCAACUCCCUAACAACCCACUCCCUCCCCACCCCCACAACCGCCUUCCUCCAACCCAUCCUCACCCCUCCCUCCUCAAGCACCUCCUUCCGGCAACCACCCCCCCUCGCAGCCCUAACCGCAACAGCCAAACACCGCCUGCUCUCCGCCUCGAUCCUCCCCUCCCCGACCAACCCCUCAAUUCUCAUCCCAUCAACCCCCAGCCUACCAACAAACAUAUCCGAUGUCCGCAUUAAAGAGUGCGCCGUACCGCACGAUGUGUUCCUCCAAGUUGUCGAUAUACAGGAUCUAGGUAGGAGCAAGUGGGAGCAGAUUGAGGGUUUGGAGGCAGAGAGAAAAGGGGAGACUACGAAGGGGAGGGAAGUCAUACGCGUUAUUCCCGCUACGGGGGAGGAGAACGAUCCUUCUUCGGCGGCUACACAGUUCCCUACCCAGGGCAAUACACAGAACCAGACGAGCGACAAGUCCUCCAGAGGACCCUUCAAGCUCCUCCUUUCGGAUUUUAAAGGUACGACGAUUUGGGGGUUUGAAUUACGGAAGGUGGAGAAGAUAGGACUGCCGCCGCUGAUGGGGAUUGGGUGUAAGGUAUUGGUGAGGAGGGGAGCGAAGGUUGCGAGGGGAGUGGUGCUGCUUGAGCCGGGGACGGUGGUGGUUUUGGGUGGGAAAGUGGAUGCUGAGGAUAAGGCUUGGAGGGCUGGGAGGGAGGAGAGGUUGAGGAGGGAGGUGAAAGAGGAGGCGGAAAGGGCGAGGGAGGGAGGCGAGGAGUGAGGAUAUACUUAGGCACUUAGUGUAGGAACCUGGGAAGGAAGAGAAAUCUGUGGAUGUAUCUUUGGAGGGGAGGAGUUCAAGAGCUGUUCUAUGAUACCCAUUUGCAAUCGAAAAGUCGAAUUUGGCACUUGAUUUAAGUUACCUGAAAAAAUUACACAUGUUAGACACUUCAGAGUACAUAUCUUCAAGUAAACAGACACCGAAGUCUAUGGCAGACCAAGGACGAUGAAACUGGCAGA